AUGGAAACAACCCAGAAAAGCCACCUCCAUCCGAUUUUUGUCGUGAUGAUACCGCCGAGGAUAGGGCCAAUAGCCGGACCCAACAAGGCACGAAAGUUGCGAUCGCAUAAGAAUGACCGCGCUGCUCCGGACGCCAACAGUCUGCCAGCACCAGCGCUGUGGUUGCAAACUCUGUACCGGCUCCCAGGCCACUCAGAAUCCGCCCAGCCAGUAAAAGGCCCCUGGUGUGAGCAAAGGCGCAAAUAUGUUCCACAGUAUAUACCAGGUCGAAGACAAGAUCCAUACCCAUCGAUGACCGAACACUUCGGCCAAGAGAGCGAGAACCAUCGGUCCAAAGGCAAAAACAAGCACGAAAAUCGAGACCACCAUGUUGGCUUCGCUCUCACUGAUGCCGAGGCCGUCACCAAUAUUGUUCAAGGCGGGUGCCAGCAUGGAUGCACUGAUAAGGAUCACCAUGCCCCCCAUGGAGCACAGCAAAGUGAUGGCCCAUCGCUUGGACAGGGACCAAUUGAAUUGACAUGCAGGAUCGCCUGGACCCUUCCAUUCUACCAGUAA